AUGGUUUCCUUUAAGGUGCAGCCGGAUGUGGAAAGCUUGCGCCAGUUGCAAAGCCAAAAUGAUGCGAGUGUGAACAUGUAUCCCGUUUAUGCUUUCCUUACUGGGGUGGAUUUGACUCCGCAUGUGGCAUAUCUGAGAUUAGCUCAGUUGAAUAAUCCGGAAAGGUCUCCGUCGUUUCUGCUGGAGAGUGCCAAAUCUACCACUGAACUGGAUAGAUACUCGUUUAUUGGUGUUUCUCCACGUAAAGUCAUUAAAACGGGGCCCACUGAGGGUGUGGAAGUCGAUCCGUUGGUCGUGCUGGAGGAAGAGAUGUCAAAUUACAAGGUUGCAGAGAACGUGCCGGGUUUGCCCAAACUGAAUGGCGGUGCCAUUGGCUAUAUCUCGUACGAUUGUGUGCGGUACUUCGAGCCAAAGACUGCGAGGCCGUUGAAGGAUGUGCUGAAAGUGCCAGAGGCCUACUUGAUGUUGUGCGACACGAUAGUGGCGUUCGAUCAUGUUUUCCAGAGAUUCCAGAUUAUCCACAACAUCAACACUAAGGAAACGUCGCUGGAGGAAGGAUACCAAGCGGCAGCCGAUGUCAUCAGGGACAUUGUCAAGAGGCUGACGGAUCUUGAAUCACCAAUUCCGUAUCCCCAUCAGCCACCGAUCAAGCUAGAGCAGGACUUCAAGUCUAAUAUUGGUCAGGAAGGCUAUGAAAACCAUGUAAGGACGCUCAAGGCCCACAUCAAGGAGGGUGAUAUCAUACAGGCUGUGCCAUCCCAGAGAGUGGCCAGACCGACCUCUUUGCAUCCCUUCAACAUCUACAGGCGUCUUAGAACAGUCAAUCCUUCUCCGUACCUCUUCUACAUCGAUUGCUUGGAGUUCCAGAUCAUUGGAGCUUCGCCUGAAUUGUUGUGCAAAUCCGACAACAAGAAUAAGGUCGUCACUCACCCAAUUGCUGGCACCAUCGGCAGGGGUUCCACGGCGGAUGAAGACGACGUGCUCGCCGAGCAACUGAAGGGCUCAAUAAAGGAUCGCGCUGAGCACAUCAUGUUGGUUGACUUGGCUAGAAAUGACGUUAACAGAGUCUGUGAUCCAAAAACAACCAGUGUCGAUAAACUGCUGACAGUGGAGAAAUUCUCGCAUGUGCAACAUUUGGUUUCUCAAGUAAGUGGUACUCUGAGAAAGGAUAAGACCAGAUUUGACGCCUUGAGAUCCAUUUUCCCAGCAGGUACUGUUAGCGGAGCUCCAAAGGUUAAAGCAAUGGAACUCAUCGCUGAGCUUGAGGGCGAAAGACGUGGUGUCUAUGCAGGCGCUGUGGGCCACUGGUCUUACGAUGGCAAAACAAUGGACACAUGUAUUGCUCUCAGGACAAUGGUAUAUAAAGAUGGCGUCGCCUAUUUGCAAGCAGGUGGUGGGAUUGUUUACGAUUCUGAUGAGUAUGACGAGUACAUUGAAACUAUGAACAAGAUGAUGGCAAACAACACAACAAUUGUGCAAGCUGAGGAAAUUUGGGCCGGUCGUGUUGGAAGCGCUUGA